AUGGCAACCCUCGCUGGAGGUAUCAAGGUGUUUUCGGGCACCUCGCACCCUGAACUCGCCGAACUGAUCGCAAAGCGCCUUGGUCAGCCUCUGGGCAAAGCCACUGUCACUCGCAACGAGUCGGGCGAAUCCAUCGUCCGCAUCGCCGAGUCGGUCAGAGAACACGAUGUCUACAUCAUCAACACCUCGUGCGUCUCUCCGACCCCGACCGGUGCAGCCGCGAGCCCCAACACCUCGUUAAUGGAGCUGCUCAUCAUGAUCCAUGCGUGCAAGACCGCUUCGGCCCGACGCAUCACCGCCGUCAUCCCGCACUUUUUCUACGCUCGUCAGGACAAGAAGGACAAAUCGCGUGCUCCUAUCACUGCCAAACUCAUCGCCAACAUGCUGGAGAAUGCCGGGUGCGACCAUGUCAUCACCAUGGAUCUGCACGCCAGCCAGAUCCAGGGUUUCUUCGAUGUGCCCGUCGACAACCUCUAUGCGGAACCGGCGGCAUUGCAGUACAUUCGCGAGAUGGUCGAUGUCAACAAAGCCGUCAUUGUCUCUCCGGAUGCAGGUGGUGCCAAGAGGGCCACCUCGCUGGCUGACCGACUGGAGCUCGAUUUCGCGCUCUUCCACAAGGAGCGCAAGCGCGCCAACGAGGUCUCGCGCAUGGUGCUGGUCGGAGACGUCAAAGGCAAAGUCGCCAUUCUCGUCGACGAUAUGGCCGACACGUGCGGAACGCUCGACUUGGCUGCAUCCCAACUUAUCGAGUACGGCGCCGAGCGCGUUCUCGCCAUUGUCACGCACGGCAUCCUGUCCGGACCCGCGCUGGACCGCAUCUCGAAAUCGCGCCUCGAGAAGCUCAUCGUCACCAACACGCUCCCGCAGUCGCACAACCGCAGCAAGUGCAGCAAGAUCGAGGAGAUCGACAUCUCGCACGUGCUGGCCGAAACAAUCCGCAGGAGCCAUUACGGCGAGUCGGUCAGUGUGCUGUUCAACCAGAUCCCCUACGAUACCGCUCAACCGUACAGGCACGAGCAUGACGAAGAGAUCACUGCCGCUGCUGCUGCUGCUGCCGCCGCCGCCGCCGCUGCCGCCGCUGUGGCCGGAAAUGGAGGAGCAGGGGCAUUGACGCUGGGCGCACUGGGAGGGGCGAGUGGGAGGAGCAGCAGACCGGUCAGUCGUGGAAUGAGCCCUUCGGCGAGCAGGCAGUUCCCGCCCAGUCCCUAUACGCUCCCGGACCCGCCCGUGGCGCAGAACUACUUUGCCGACCAGAUCAACGGGGUCUCCCCCACAGCCGAGGCACCGCCUGCCAGCCCGUCACCUGCUGCAGCACACGUACCCGAGGCGUCACUGGAUACGCCCAAAGCGUCAUCCAUGGCUCCCUCGCCGUUGAGGAGGAACGUUUGA